CUCUGUCACUAUGGUAUGAACACGCUGAAGAGUUGAAGUUAUAAGUAAAAUUUUAGUGGAAGGACAGGAGACUGACUGAAUAAAAUAAAAACAUAAAUCUGGAUUCCAUAAACAAAAGGUCAGGAGAACUGCUAGAAAUUCAGCGAUUUAAAGAACGGAUACUUAACACAGGAACUGGAAGAAACAUCAUCAGUGUCAGUGUCAGGAACAUCAUUCCAUAAUGGCAGAAAUAUCUUCUGGUGGUUGGCAGAAAAAAAAUACUUCAUGUCCAAAAAGAAAGCAAAGAACAGAAGACAGCAAAUCUUUUACUUGCCCUCACUGUGAAAAGGGAUUUAAAAGAAAAGGAACCCUUGUGAAUCACAUGAGAAUUCACACUGGAGAGCGGCCAUACCCAUGUCCUCAGUGUGGAAAGAGUUUCACAAAGAAAACAAAUGUUACAGAUCACAUGAGAGUUCACACUGGAGAGCGUCCAUACCCAUGUCCUCACUGUGAAAAAAGUUUCAAACUAAAAAGUCAUCUUAAGAAUCACAUACAUAUUCACACUGGAGAUAUUCAAUACCCAUGUCCUCAGUGUGGAAAGAGUUGUACAAGUCCAGUGCAACUUAGAAUUCACAUGAGAGUUCACACUGGAGAGUGCCCGUACCCAUGUCCUCAUUGUGAAAAAAGUUUCAAACUAAAAAGUCAUCUUAAGAAUCACAUACAUAUUCACACUGGAGAUAUUCAAUACCCAUGUCCUCAGUGUGGAAAGAAUUGUAUAAGUCCAGUGCAACUUAGAAUUCACAUGAGAGUUCACACUGGAGAGCGCCCGUACACAUGUACUCAGUGUCAAAAAAGUUUCAAACACAAAAGUAAUCUUAGGACUCACAUGAGAAUUCACACUGGAGAACGCCCAUACACAUGUCCUCAGUGUGAAAAGAGUUUCACAAAGAAAACAAUUCUUACAGAUCACAUGAGAAUUCACUCUGGAGAGCGCCCCUACUCAUGUCCUCAAUGUGAAAAGAGUUUUACUAAAAAAAAUAAUCUUUGUAUCCACAUGAAAGUUCACACUGGAGAGCGCUCAUAUGCAUGUAUUCAGUGUGGAAAGAGUUUCAUUCAAAAAAACGGCCUUGAUGCCCAUAUGACAAUUCACACUGGAGAGCGGCCAUACACAUGCACUCAGUGUGGAAAGAGUUUCGGACUGAAAGGAAAUCUUACAGGUCACAUGAGAGUUCACACUGGAGAGCGCUCAUAUGCAUGUCUUCAGUGUGGAAAGAGUUUCACUCAAAAAAACGGCCUUGAUGCCCACAUGAGAAUUCACACUGGAGAGCGGCCAUUCCCAUGUCUUCAGUGUGGAAAGAGAUUCGGACAGAAAGGAAGUCUUACAGGUCACAUGAGAAUUCACACUGGAGAGCGCCCUUACAAAUGUAUUCAGUGUAGAAGGAGUUUCAGUCUUAAAAAAACCCUUACAGAGCACAUAAGAGUUCACACUGGAGAGCGCCCAUACCCAUGUCCUUAUUGUGAAAGGAGUUUUCCUAAAAAAGGUACCCUUGAUGCCCACGUGAGAGUUCACACUGGAGAGCGCACGUACCCAUGUCCUCAGUGUGGAAAAUUUUUUACACAAAAAAGGUAUCUUAAGAAUCACAUGAGAAUUCACACUGGAGAGCGUCCAUAUCCAUGUCCUCAGUGUGAAAAGAGUUUCAUAGUAAAAGCAAAUCUUACACAACACAUGAGAAUUCACACUGGAGAGCGCCCGUACUCAUGUCCUCAGUGUGAAAAGAGUUUCAGACAGAGUGGACAUCUUAAAGGUCACAUGAGUGUUCACAAUGGAAAACACCAAUACAUGUGUCUUCAGUGUGGAAAGAGUUUUAAACAGGAAAGAUUCCUUGUGAAUCACAUAAAAAGUAACAAUGGAGGGUGCACAUCCACAUGUCUUUAAUGUGGAAAGGUCUGUACUAGUGGUUUUUAUUAUUUAUGAACUUAUAAUUGUUAAAUGCAAAAUCCCGUUCUUCUGCUCUUGUGGAAGAUUUCUGUUCUUUUUUGUCUUUUCAGCAGUAAAAUGUCCAAGGACUAGAACAUUAUACAAACUCCUAUCAGAUAAGAUAAAGGGGACUUAGUGAAUGAGAUAAGUAACAAAUCAUGAACAAGUUAGAAAACCCAGUAAAUGGUAGAGUUCACUGAGAACAAAAUAAUUUCUUCUAUUUGACUAGAUGUGCUUUAACUGAUAUGUUUCUUAUUCAUUGAUAAAUUGAAGGUUAUUUUCUAAGUGACGCCGGAACUAAGAUGAUGAUCUUUGGUUCAUGGGCGGAGAUGGGAUGACUAUAAAUUUUCUGUAUCUUGCUAUAAAUAUGUGUACAACUUUGUAAAUGGGGCUCUCAUUUUUACUUCUGCAUACAGAGGGUGAGAGACUAUUCUAUAGAAAAUAAUAAAACAGACAAAGAAAAUUCUGUUAACAGUGUGUCUGUGUUUGAUCAUUCACUCUUUAAUAGUAUUAUUGAAUGCGACUAAAAUUCCACGACAAUAGUUCAUCCAAAAAUGAAUAUAAAAAUGUACAUAUUUUUUUGCAUGGGAAAAAAGUGUCCUUUUAAGGAAGAUACUGAAAAUCAUGUUUUUACAUAGAGUUGCAUAAUUCAGCUUUCAUUAUGUUUAGUGGUUCAAGUAAAUGGCGUUGAAGAAAAUUUCAUGGUAAAGUAUUUGUGAAAGUAUCAGAGAUUUUAAACAAUCAGUCAAUACCUGCCACAUCUGUCUAUAGUUUAUUCAUGUAGAAACAUAUUUCUUCAAUGGUUAGUGAAUUGCUCAAAUUAAAUUU